UGUUGCGGCUCCUUUCACAACUUCCCUCCAGGUCAUGAGGAGGCAAAGUUAACAUAAAAAGGUCGCGUAACUGAGUUAUUUUAAUGAAUAAAUAUUAAAUUAGUCAACGGACAACUUUCGGACUCUAUGAGUCGACGGAAAACAGCGAAUAUCUUUAUUUAUCUGAAAACACAUCCUGAAACAUGGAGGAUCCAAACAGACCACAGAGGAAAAUGUCAACAGCAGGAGAGAGUUUGUACAAGUUGCUGGGAGUGGAGAAGGGAGCGUCUCCUGACGAAUUGAAAAGAGCGUACAGGAAAUUGGCGUUAAGGUAUCACCCUGAUAAGAACCCAGACAACCCUGAAGCAGCUGAGAAGUUCAAGGAGAUCAAUAAUGCCCACUCCAUCCUCACUGAUUUGGACAAGCGUGGUGUCUACGACCAAUAUGGAUCCAUGGGCCUCUCGGUGGCCGAGCAGUUUGGGGAGGAGGGAGUCAAAUAUUACUUUCUCAUGUCCAAGUGCUGGUUCAAGACCCUGUUUGUGUGCUGCACUAUUUUCACCUGCUGCUGCUGUUGCCUCUGCUGCUGUUGCUGCUGCGGAAAGUGCAAACCACAAGAUGAAGAGGACAAUUUCGUCUACAUGGACCCUGAGGACCUGGAGGCUCAGAUCAGAGAACAAGAUGCAGCAGACCAUCCCGUAAUAGUUAUUCAGCCGAACUCUAGCGAUGCUGCUGUCCAUUCAGCAGACCAUCCCAUAAUAGUUACUCAGCCGAACUCUAGCAAUGCCGCUAUGCAUUCAGGGGAGAACACACCGAUUGUGAUUCAGACUCAUGCAGCCAAGGGGGGCUCGGGACCUGGAGAAUGAACGAAUGUAUCAAACACUGAAGUGCAGAGAAUGUUUUCAUCUCAGAGAUUUGUUUGUUUACAUGAGUCAAACUGCAAUUUAUUUGAUUGUGCCAUAGUUAUUUUUUUUAAAAAUGUGCUUUUUCUUUGAUCCAGUCUUGUAUUUAUUCUUUUUAAAUGUUAAAUUUCUGAAUUUGGGGCAGAGACAAAUAACAAAGCCAUGCAGAUCAAAGCCUCUGAGCUCGGGGAUAAUAGUUUUUUUUCCUGCGCACUUUAAACUCACACAUUCAUAUUGAAUGUUCGGAAUAUUCUGAAGCUGCCAUGAUCAGAGCACGUUUUGGCCCAAGAUUCAGAAAUUUUCAUAUUUUUAUUUUUAAUAUGCCGAUUCAGGGGUUUCUGUGGAAGCUUGAAUUUUGGUGUCAGAUCUCAAAAUUUCGACUCAAUAACUCAGGAUUUCAAGUCGAGUCCCACUUAAAGUUUCACCUAAUCAGACGUGUGAGCCAGCAAGUUGAAAUUUUGAGAUGGUGACUUGAAAUUUUGACUUUACUUUGCCUCGCAGUUUUCAGUGGCUGGGGAAAAAAACGCUUGUUCGGUCGCACUGCACAUAGAAACAGACUCUAUGUUAAAGGGUUUACAGAUGUGGCCACAGAUCACACAGAUUUAUCAAAAAACAGAGGUUUAGUUUUAAAAUUUUAGCUCUACCUUAUGUGACACAUUCAGUUGCUAGCUUGUAAAUGACUCAUUGAAGUUUAGUCUUGUGAUGCUUGCAGAGAUUUUAAGGAAUUACUAAAUCACCUUAUUCUGAGAGUUGGAUGAGGACUGUUGAUCACAUUUGUGUUUGUCCACUUGAAAUCUACUAAGGAUAGAUUGUAAAUGGAUGAAAUACCCCCCCCCAAAUGAUUUAUGAUUUAUAUACCUGCUUUUAAUUAACACAAAAAGAUUGGAUUUACUCCAAUGGUACGUUUAGAAAUUAGUCCUAAAAGAGUUACAUUUAACUGUGAUUGGAUGGGCGAGUGCAGCAAUGUGUAGAAACCAAAGAAAUCACACGGCGGCUUCUGCUGUAGCGCCCUCUUUGUGUGUGAUUUCACCUAGCAACAACCAGCAAGCCCCAGGAACCACUCGCCAACCAGCUGAGGGAGCACACCUUUUUCCAAGCCUCCGCCUCCCUCACUACCUAAAGCAAAGAACCGGCUGCACCAAUGGACCAUUGUUUAUUCUGUUUGUGCAGAGAUUAAACAAAAGACAUGUGUUUCGGACAUGUUGAUUGAUGUUUCCACUUGUGAUGUUUUCAACCUUUAUGCUUAAGUCCCUUUGGCUCCAGCUCAAGCUUAAUUAUACACACAGGCACAGUGACGACAAUCCGUUUUAACUCCUGGAAAGUGAGCCAGUGUUUUAGAAGAGGCACAGUUGGUCAUUUUUGUCAUUGCACAUAAGUUAAAAAAUACGCAGGAAGGUGAAUAGAAAGUUGUGUGAAUUUUCUACACUUGACACUAAAACCAUCGUCGUUUGUUUCUUUAGAAAAUAAGAACGCAGCUUUCUGAUUUAUUGCCAUUUUGACUUUUUUGUGUAUGUUGUGAUUGUCUUGUAAAGUCAGAGCUAUAUUUAUGAUUAGAGGAUUUAUUACAAAUUGAGUAUAUAUUAAGAUAAAGGUUCUUUUGUUUAAAUGAUAUUUUUCUAUUUUCUCUCGGGGUAAAAAUGUUGAGAUUGCGCUUCAUUUUGAUUUCAUUUUAUACAGAUCUGGAUAUAAUAAUAAUAAUAAUAAUAAUAAUAAUAUGGAUGCUGAUUUUCUGACGAUCCUUGCCUGCGGUGUAUUUAAAAGCCAGCUUGUAUACUUUUGUAUGCCAAUGAUUAUACUUGACGCAAAAGUGCCUGAAUGCAGUUUUUGAAUAAUUUUACAGAAAUUUGUAUUUUAUGUCAUUAUCUAAACAUUUCCAUGCUGGGUUUGUUCUGUCCACUUUGACAAAUUUCCAACUGUUGGUGUAAAUUUGAG